AUGAGAACCAGCCAAUGGGAUGCUGAGAACAGGGGGGCGUCAGAGAUAGAGCGCCAUUCAUUAACGCCGCGUCUAACACCGUCUCGUAUCGCCGUUCGUCGCGGCUGUGCUAAGCCUCCUCCGGUAAGUCAGCUGGUUUGCACUAUCCACGUGUGGCCACCCCAACUUGAACGAAACAUUGUGUCGGCCACGACGACUGUGCUGGUCAAUGGACCAACUCGAGUCACUAAGCGAAAUUCAAGACCGACGCACGACCAGAGCAAAGAGGAUAGAGAUGCCAGCCACAAAGGUUGCGCAGUGCACAUUUUACCAAUAACUUUUACAGGGACAAUUCAUAGACUGUGCUAUAAUCGAUUUGCCUCUGCUCAUUCCCAAAUUGUUCCGCUUUUAGGGAGUGUCUUUAUUAGGCGUUUACCAAGGGGAGUGUGCGAGUUCUUCUUGGGAGUCUUCAGUCAAUUCUCAGCAACAGUUGUUGAGUCGGGUGUGGCACAUCGCACCGAUACUGCUCCGUUGCCAUUAAGGUACAUGUUAGCUUUCGAAACAAGCAACAAUUAA